UGGUUGUUGGGAAUGUGGGUGUACCCGACAUAUUAAACGUGACUGUCCAUACUUGCAGGGAAACUACAGGGGGCAGGUACCAUAGGCCCACUGCCUGCCCCCAUGAGAGUUGGUGCUUAUGCGGCCUCUUCAAGUUACCAGGGUGGCUCAGGAUACAUUGAGGCCAAAAUAGGUGGGUCCGAGUCUCUUCUUUUGAUCGAUAGUGGAGCUACUCUGUCAGUAAUACCAAAACAAAUAUGGCUUGACAUCACUAAGGGGGGAUCCGAACUGACUGGGCAUCAUGGGGAGGUUUCUGCUGCCAAUGGUGGGCUUAUGGGAAUUUUGGGAAAGUGGCAAACUAUCUGCCAGUUUGACUCAUUGGCGUUGAUCACAGAAUUUCUAGUAGCUGACGUGCCCUCACAAGAUAUUCUUUUGGGAUUCGAUUUUCUAAAUAAACAUGGAGUCAUGGUAGAUUUUGGAAAGAAUGAAUGUCGCAUAAUGGGUAAAAUGUUUCCCCUAAUUGUUCCAGCAGAAAUGGAUAAGCCCCGCCCUGUGACUGUCCCGGAAGACACUGUAAUUCCCCCCCGUAGUGAGGUGAUCAUUGCAGGCAAAGUGGAUAACCUGCUGGGGCCCGGUCGUGAGGAAGCUUCUAACCACAGUGAUGCAGACACCCGAGGGGCCACGGGUAGCAGGCCUGAGGGGACCCAGCCACAUGCCUCUGCAGCCACGCCAGAGGGUAUCCGGCCUGAGGGGACCCAGCCACAUGCCUCUGCAGCCACGCCAGAGGGUAUCCGGCCUGAGGGGACCCAGCCGCAUGCCUCUGCAGCCACGCCAGAGGGUAUCCGGCCUGAGGGGGACCAGCCGCAGACCUCUGUAGCCAGGCCAGAGGGUGCCGGACCUGAGGGGACCCAGCCACCGACUCCUGCCGCCACGCCAGGGGGUGUGCGGCCCAGCGUGGACGAGCUGCAGACCUCUGCAGCCAUGCCAGGGGGUGUUCGGCCCAGGGAGGCCCAUCCGCAGACCCCUGCAGCCAUGCGAGGGGCCACGGGCAUUCGGUCUGAGGUGACCCGGCAACAGACCCCUGAGGUGUUGGGAGCUGGGGCUGGGGUGCCCCCAGUUACACAUUUGGCGGGAGAAAACGGUGUGCCAGGACACUGUGGUGCCACACCGAAAUCCCGCAGGCCAAGCUGGCCUGCACCAGCCAGGGAGCACCGAGGUGGUCAGGAGCCAUUACGCGCUAGACCUAUGCAGGCAGAGACAAUGAGCCACUCAGCCAGAGCCGGGGAGGCGCAACAAGGGGCAUCGCUACCCCGGGACUCAUGCCCAGGGCGACUGAGAAGGCCUCCUGUAUGGUCUAUGGACUAUGAAAUGUGAUUUCGACUCGGGGCGAGUCUACCUGAUGGGUGGGGGGAGUGUAAUGAUUGUUUAUGUUGUGCUUAUGGGUGGGGUGAUUGGUUGUGGAGCGGGGAGGGAGCAGGGAUAGCAGUGGGUGACUUAAUGUCGUGCACCUGUGGGCUAAUUGGGGACGCGCUGUGGAUCAUUAGAGGUGAUGGUGGCGUUUGGGAGUGGAAAGGAGAGAAAUAGA